AUGCAACUUCCUCACUGCUCUGCUCUCCCCUGGUCCCCGUUCUCCCCUGGUCCCCGCUCUCCCCUGGUCCCCGUUCUCCCCUGGUCCCCGCUCUCCCCUGGUCCCCGCCUCUCCCCUGGUCCCCGUUCUCCCCUGGUCCCCGUUCUCCCCUGGUCCCCGCUCUCCCCUGGUCCCCGCUCUCCCCUGGUCCCCGUUCUCCCCUGGUCCUCGCUCUCCCCUGGUCCCCGUUGUCCCCUGGUCCCCGCUCCUGGUCCCCUGGUCCCCGUUCUCCCCUGGUCCCCGCUCUCCCCUGGUCCCCGUUCUCCCCUGGUCCCCGUUCUCCCCUGGUCCCCGCUCUCCCCUGGUCCCCGCUCCCUGGUCCCCCUGGUCCCCUGGUUCUCCCCUGGUCCCCGUCUCCCCUGGUCCCCGUUCUCCCCUGGUCCCCGUCUCCCCUGGUCCCCGUUCUCCCCUGGUCCCCGCUCUCCCCUGGUCCCCGCUCUCCCCUGGUCCCCGUUCUCCCCUGGUCCUCGCUCUCCCUGGUCCCCGUUGUCCCCUGGUCCCCGUUUCCCCUGGUCCCCGUUCUCCCCUGGUCCCCGCUCUCCCCUGGUCCCCCGCCCCGCUCUCCCCUGGUCCCCGUUCUCCCCUGGUCCCCGUUCUCCCCUGGUCCCCGCUCUCCCCUGGUCCCCGCUCUCCCCUGGUCCCCGUUCUCCCCUGGUCCUCGCUCUCCCCUGGUCCCCGUUGUCCCCUGGUCCCCGCUCUCCCCUGGUCCCCGUUCUCCCCUGGUCCCCGUUCUCCCCUGGUCCCCGCUCUCCCCUGGUCCCGCUCUCCCCUGGUCCCCGUCUCCCCUGGUCCCCGUUCUCCCCUGGUCCUCGCUCUCCCCUGGUCCCCGUUGUCCCCUGGUCCCCGCUCUCCCCUGGUCCCCGUUCUCCCCUGGCCCGCUCUCCCCUGGUCCCCGCUCUCCCCUGGUCCCGUUCUCCCCUGGUCCCCGCUCUCCCCUGGUCCCCGCUCUCCCCUGGUCCCCGUUCUCCCCUGGCCCCUGCUCUCCCCUGGUCCCCGUUCUCCCCUGGUCCCCGUUCUCCCCUGGUCCCCGUUCUCCCCUGGUCCCCGUUCUCCCCUGGUACCCCGCUCUCCCCUGGUCCCCGCUCUCCCCUGGUCCCCGUUCUCCCCUGGCCCCUGCUCUCCCCUGGUCCCCGUUCUCCCCUGGUCCCCGUUCUCCCCUGGUACCCGCUUUCCCCUGGUCCCCGCUCUCCCCUGGUCCUCGCACUCCCCUGGUCCCCGCUCUCCCCUGGUCCCCGCUCUCCCCUGGUCCUCGCACUCCCCUGGUCCCCGCUCUCCCCUGGUCCCCGCUCUCCCCUGGUCCUCGCACUCCCUGGUCCCCUCCCCCUGGUCCCCGCUCUCCCCUGGUCCCGCUCUCCCCUGGUCCCCGCUCUCCCCUGGUCCCCGCUCUCCCCUGGUCCUCGCACUCCCCUGGUCCUCGCACUCCCCUGGUCCUCGCACUCCCCUGGUCCUCGCACUCCCCUGGUCCUCGCACUCCCCUGGUCCUCGCACUCCCCUGGUCCUCGCACUCCCCUGGUCCUCGCACUCCCCUGGUCCCCGCUCUCCCCUGGGUUCUUCUGA